AUGUAUUUGACUUCGAAUCACAUUUUGGCGAUGAUGGCAAAAUCCCAAGACCUGCAAGUAGGUCAAGUGAGGUAUCACAAAAAUGCUUCUAUGCCAAGUGAUUAUCAUCUUGCCCCUUGCCCCUUACACGUUUCCUUUAAUCAAUAUCUAGUUUCUCAAGGACCCUUCCCCACAAAUGUGAUAGGGCGACAGUUCGACUUUAGACCUCAAUUGGGAUUAGUUGAUUGUCAAACAUCCUUGAGUACCGCCGAUAACCCACUGAAGUAUGCACGUACCAUGGCGGGGUAUCGACGACACCCCACCAACUGCACUGCAGUGUUGCCAACUGCCAACUGGUAG